AUGUCUUUCCACAGCAACGCACUGCGAGAGAUCUCUCUUUGUGGAGAUACCAAGGACACCACUGCUCGCAGCAUCCCUCAAGACAUCCCUCACGCUGGUGUCGGCAGGCAGACAGAAUCCAUCAAGGGCUUCGUCAAGCAAGAGGAAACUCCCGCUAGGAAACGCAAGCGCGACGAGACGCUCAAGUUCCAAUCGCGUCAUGAUCAGCCUGCCGUUAAUGCCGCUCAAGGCGCAGACAUGGACCACAUCCACUUCAGCGAACCGUUCAGUGGCUUCAACUACACGUCGGCUAACGCCUACAUGCGCAAUGACCACUUCCACCUCAACGGUACCAACGAUACAUCUUAUCCGAGCGUGUACAGUUCUGGAAACGGCGGUGGAUACUACAACCACGAAUUUCCAACAUCCUCUGGCUUGGUCCGCACUUUGUCGGGUGACACUCUCACUCCCGAUACUUUCGUUCUCGAUGGUGGACCUGAUUACUAUGGCGCUACAAACGAAGAUCAUGCAGACAUCAAGCUUGAAGACGCUCGCGACUCACAUACUGUGAGUGCCACCCCUGCUGAGGAACGCGACUUCGUUGCGAGCGAUUCUGAGGAGGAGCGUCCUCGUAAGGCCGCUAAAAUCAACAAGGAUGGUGCUCCUCGAAAACCGCGCCAGCCACGUGCAAAGCUCCUGAAGUGGAACGACGAAGAUUGGAAGAAUGUGUGCCUCGGUAUUGUCUGGGCUUGCGGAGAGACUGGGGUUCAAAUUCCCUUUGACCAAGCUGCGCAGGUCGUUGGCGAAAAGUGCACCGCUGGCGCCCUGCAACAGGCUCUCCUCAAGCUCCGAGGCAAGCAGAUUGCCGAUGGCUACCAAAUUCCAAAUCUCAAGAUGGCGUGGACGCGGAAGAGCAGAAACGCUGCGUCUGGUGCACAGGCAAGGCCUUCUGAAGAACCUGAAGCUAACAGACCUCGCAAGAAGCCCACGCGCAUGGAGGCGACCCAGUCCCUCAUCGUCACGUUGCCGCGCGCCUACAAUGAUCAAGACCGUCAAGGUAUUGUUCAACCAUACAAAUGGAAGAAGCCGCCGGGCAAGGUCAGGUCUAGUAUGCUGCGAAGCUCUACUGACGCGAUGCACGAAGGUCCGGCUGAAGGAUCUGCCUCCUCUGGAUUCUCUCACCACGUGCCUCAUCACCAAAACGAUGUCACAAACUUCUCGUACACGAAGCCUGAGAUGAUUCAGACGUCCCAGCCUUCCCUUUUGACGAAUCUUUUGCAGACUCAUCGCCGUGGUAACGUCAGUCGCGGCAGUGGAACCCUGACUGCCAACCCUGCUGGAGACGCUCAGGGAGAUGUUGCGAUCUUCGACUACGUCAAUAACACUCAAGACUCGUCUCCCAUGCUGCAUUGGUUUGGCGAUGACGCUCAGACUCCAGCUGCUUCCCAAGACACCGAAUACCUCCCUGCUACGCCGAUGACUAGCCACCAGUUCUACAGCUCUCCUCCCGCAACGCCUUUUGGCAAUAACAUCGGAUUCCUUCAGGGUAUGGUCAUCGGCGGUAGAGAGUUCGCCGACCUUCUCACCACUGAAGGCCUUCACGACUACGGUAACAGCUUUGCCGAUGCCACCGACGACGUCUUCACCUCCUAG